AUGGGGCCGAAACAAAGCUUUCUUCUCUCAUUCGAGCGAGUUGGUUGCGAUCGCGGGCUUCAAAUGUACCUCCACUGCAGUUGUGGGGUAUCCUGUACCGAUUUCGCCAUCUCCGUGAUUCACGCACACCCCUUGCAUGUCAUCCCCGGGGAAAGUAAUUUCUCCGGGCGUCCUCACCCAUUUCCGCGUACACCACGGACACUUCGAACAGAGUCAUUUGCUAUGCUCAGAAUCUUGGCCGUCUUCCCUCUUUCCUGA